GUCGCGCGAUUUCCCAAGAUUCCGCCAUCUGUCUGGCAGGUAAACUCGGGGCGAGUUGCUUCAGUUACCUGUCACUCUCUUUUUAUUCUCGUAAUUCAGCUUCUUAUACCGGUUUUACCAAUCCAUUACACAAGUGCUCUGGUGCAUUAGCUCUACGUGUGUUACUUUAUACGUGCUCUGAAAAAUGGCAUCGUUGGCAUCGAUAUUGAGCAAGGACGUACCUGAUAUCGAAAAUAUACUGAAAAUCAAUCCAAAGAUCAAAACUCAUACAAAUUUCAUGCCAUCGGCGCGCACCAAACAGAACAAGCAGCAUUGGAAAAGAAAUAUCCAUGAGAAAUGUGACAGUUGCGUGUCUCUAACGAAGAACUUUGAUGACAUUAAGCACACCACCUUAAGCGAGCGCGGAGCUCUGAGAGAAGCAGCACGUUGUUUAAAAUGUGUCGAUGCACCUUGCCAAAAGUCUUGUCCUACGCAAUUAGACAUCAAAUCUUUCAUCACCUCCAUCUCCAACAAGAAUUAUUAUGGCGCAGCUAAGGCGAUUCUAUCGGACAAUCCUCUAGGUCUCACCUGUGGCAUGGUUUGUCCAACCAGCGACCUUUGCGUAGGUGGAUGUAAUCUUUAUGCAACCGAGGAAGGGCCUAUUAACAUUGGCGGACUUCAACACUUUGCAGUGGAUAUUUUCAAGCAGAUGAAUAUUCCUCAGACCAGAAUACCUAAUCAAACGGUGCCUCACGCAGACACGAAAAUCGCUCUGCUCGGUUGUGGACCAGCAUCUCUCUCGUGUGCGACAUUUCUCGCUCGUCUCGGUUACGAUGAUAUCACAAUUUUCGAGAAAGAAAAGUACGUCGGUGGAUUAAGCUCUUCCGAAAUACCACAGUACAGACUUCCGUACGACGUUGUCAGUUUUGAAGUGGAUCUCGUCAAGGAUUUAGGAGUGAAGAUCGAAUUAGGAAGAUCUCUAUCCGUAGAUGAUUUGACAAUACAGGGUCUUCAAGAUGCUGGUUAUAAAGCGAUCUUCUUAGGUAUUGGACUGCCCGAGCCAAAGAGUAUACCGAUCUUCGAAAACCUCACGCCGGAAAUGGGCUUUUUUACCUCGAAGAGUUUUCUGCCCGUUGUAGCAAAGGGCAGCAAACCGGGGAUGUGCGCUUGCAAGAGUAACCAGGAACUUCCAUCUCUUCGGGGCAACGUGAUCGUUCUCGGGGCGGGAGACACCGCUUUCGAUUGUGCCACUUCCGCUCUGCGAUGCGGUGCUAGAAAAGUCUUCGUUGUCUUCCGGAAAGGUUUUACCAAUGUGCGGGCUGUUCCAGAAGAGAUGGAUCUCGCGAAAGAAGAAAAAUGCGAGUUUAUACCUUUCCAAUCACCGAAACGAGUCAUUCUUCGUAAUGAGAGAAUCGCCGCGGUCGAAUUUUGUAGGACUGAGCAGAAUGAGAAUGGCGAAUGGAUUGAAGAUGAAGAGCAGAAAAUCAUUUUGAAGGCGGAUUUCGUGAUUUCGGCUUUCGGUUCAGAACUACACAACUCUAGUGUAAAGCGUGCCAUGACACCGAUUAAGAUGAACAAGUGGAAUCUGCCGGAAGUGGACGAGACUACGUUAAUGACUUCGGUAUCAGGUGUGUUUUGCGGAGGCGACCUUGCAGGUGUAGCCCAGACAACCGUGGAAUCCGUGAAUGAUGGAAAAAUAGCUGCGUGGUAUAUUCAUAAAUAUAUACAGGAAUUUUACGGUUUGACGGUGCCGGAAACCCCGCAACUACCAAAGUUUCACACCGCCAUCGACGACAUUGAUCUCAGCGUUGAGAUAUGUGGAAUGAAAUUCGAAAAUCCUUUUGGUCUCGCUUCCGCACCACCUUGCACCUCCAGCGCAAUGAUCCGGCGAGCUUUCGAGGCCGGCUGGGCCUUUGCUAUCACGAAAACCUUCUCCUUGGACAAAGAUCUCGUCACCAAUGUAUCGCCACGCAUCAUCAAAGGCACCACGUCUCGUCAUCAUUACGGACCUGAACAGGGUAGCUUUCUGAACAUUGAGUUAAUAUCCGAGAAAACUGCGGAUUAUUGGUGCGGCAGCAUCACUGAAUUGAAACGAGACUUUCCCACAAAGAUUGUCAUUGCAAGCAUUAUGUGCACUUAUAACAGGGCUGAUUGGACAGAACUAGCGAAAAAAGCGGAAGCAGCUGGUUCUGAUGGCUUGGAAUUAAAUCUAUCUUGUCCGCAUGGUAUGGGCGAGUCUGGAAUGGGCUUGGCCUGUGGACAGGAUCCUGAAUUGGUUAGAAACAUCUCUAGAUGGGUUCGCGAAGCCGUCAAAAUACCGUUUUUCAUAAAACUGACACCCAAUAUCACUGACAUUCUUUCCAUUGCCAAGGCAGCUUACGAAGGCAAGGCUGAUGGCGUUACCGCCAUUAACACAGUAUCAGGAUUAAUGGGAUUGAACGCUGAUGCGAUUCCAUGGCCGGCAGUCGGCCUCAACAAAUCCACGACAUAUGGCGGGAUGUCUGGAAACGCCACCAGGCCUCAAGCUUUAAGAGCUAUUUCAACAAUCUCAAAGCACCUGCAAGGAUUUCCGAUACUCGGUACCGGCGGCGUUGACUCUGCCGAUGUCGCGUUGCAGUUCUUACAUUGCGGUGCAUCAGUUGUCCAAAUCUGUAGCGCCAUUCAGAAUCAAGACUUCACACUGAUAGACGACUACGUGACUGGCUUGAAAGCGUUAUUAUAUCUGAAGAGCUUGGCGCAGGUGAAGGAUUGGGAUGGUCAGAGUCCACCGACAUUUAAACAUCAAAAGGGCAAACCUGUUUCCUUGCAACACGCCCUUGGCAAAAACGUACCGUAUUUCGGGGAGUACCAAAGACUGCGCGAGCAGACAAUAGCCGAGCUAAAACUGGAUUCAAAUCCUUUGGACGAAGUUGUCAAAGUGAUGCGACCGGCUCCAGGACCAGUCGCACCGAUACCUACUGUUAAGGACGUGAUCGGUAAAGCGCUACUUCAUAUCGGUAACUACAAGGAAUUGGAUAACAAGAAGCAAGUGGUCGCCCUGAUCGACGACGAUAUGUGUAUAAAUUGCGGCAAGUGCUACAUGGCUUGCGCGGAUUCUGGAUAUCAGGCAAUCGCUUUCGAUCCUGACACUCAUAUUCCAACAGUGACAGAUGAUUGCACUGGAUGUACGCUCUGCUUAUCCGUUUGUCCGAUUAUCGACUGCAUCACUAUGGUUCCAAAAACAAUUCCACAUGUGAUUAAAAGAGGUAUGCCACCAAAGAAUGUAAUCGAAAUUUGUUAAUGACAGUCCAAAACCGUUUAUAUGAUAGCGAUUUAUGAUACGAUCAUUUUGUGUACAAACAAUUGAUUAUUAGAUGUUCAUCAAUAAGAGGAAAUUAAAGAAAAAAAUAUAUAUACAUAUAAUGAAAUAAAUAAUAAUAAAACAUUAUUAUGUGUAAUUUUGAAGGAUUAAUAAAAGACUUUUUUUGACCAAAAG